UGAGAUCAGAGGAAGUUACCAACCACAGGAGGAGCUGAUGAUGUUUAAAGGAGGAGCUGUAACUGUAUAUAAUGAAGAGAAAGAGCUGUAACUAUAUCUAAUGAAGAGGAAGACUGACAGAAACAGAAAUGUCUGAUAAGUGUGAUCUGUGUCUGCUGGGACUGAUCAUUCUCUCUUCACUUCUCACAGGCACCAGUGGAGUGGAUUAUGAUCAUGUGUUCAUCAGUUCUGGUGGAAAUGUCCGUCUGUCCUGUAAUAAAGCUCUUUCUGGCUGCAAAUCAACUACAUGGAUCUACUCUAACAGAUUCAGACACUCAGGGACAGUUGAACUGAUUACUUUAGGGAUAAAGAAGAAAUACACAGAGAGACAUGAGAGACUGAGUCUGGAGUCUGACUGCUCUCUGAACAUCAAGAACGUCACAGAAGAAGAAGAUUCUGGAUUAUACAGUUGCAGACAAUAUGAGAACGGACAGAAACAUGGAACUGAUGCACGUGUUCUUCUGCAUGUUCUUCAUGUUUCCGUGUCUCCAUCAUCAUCAUCAUCAUCAUCAUCAUCUUCAUCCUCACAGACUGAGAUCAGUCCAGGCCGCUCUGUGACUCUCUCCUGUCAGUUGUAUUCUGGAUCCCCCUGUGAUGAUUGGGCUCGUUCUGAGGGAGUUGAGCUGUUGUGGGUGAAUCAGACUGGUGUUGAUCUGAAGACAGACUCCAGAUAUCAGAUAUUAUCAUCAUCAUCAGAUCAAUAUCGCUGUAUCAUCAUCACUCUGACUACAACACUCCUGAAUGAAGAUGCCAACAGAGAGUGGAGAUGUCAGCUUACUCUCAGAAAUCAACUCAAGACCUCAGUCAGAUACACUGUCAAGUAUUCAGGUGAUGCGUCUGAACAUUCAUCUUCUGCAGCUCCAGUCUCUUCAACAACACUGACUCCAGUCAGCAGAUCAAACUCUGAGAAGACAUCAAGCCGAACUACAGCAACAGCUUCUACACAAGGUUCAUGAUCACAUGACCACUGGCACACAUCAUCACUCUCGCUUCAGUGGUUUGAUCACACCACAGUAAAAUCAGCCUGAUCAAUCCAUGAAUUCAGUAUUGAAACCUCUAAAGGAAAUAUUGUGUUCAUGCAUUAAAAUAUGAUAUAUU